AUGAGCUGGAAUCUCUUCGACAGUAUCAAGGAAUCCUACAUCUGCCCCGAAUGCAAAGAGGUCCCGCCCAAGUUCACCGAGGACUUCGGUUCCGGCGACGUAAUCUGCACUAGCUGCGGACUGAUCCUCGGUGAAAUCGUCGAUACCCGUUCGGAAUGGCGCACGUUCUCGGGCGAUGGCGAGAGCAGCAAGGCCGAUCCGAACCGUAUAGGCAAUGGAUACAACCCCUUUCUGAUCGGUGAGGAGCUGCACACCAGAAUUGGGGACAGCAGGGGAGUUCAUGCUUCUGUCAGAAACCUCAGGCAAGCGCAGGACAAAGUGACCGGUGAGACGAAGAAUGUUCGUCUGCGCGAGGGGUUCGACAAGAUAGACUCCUACUGUGUCGUGGGCAAGCUCAAUAGAAUGGUGGUCGAGAACGCCAAGGAGCUGUUUUCUACCGGCUUCCAGAAGGGAGUCAUCCGUAACGUCCAGGACGAGUGGAUCUUUUCAGUGAUCUACCAUGCCUGCAAGCGUGCGAAGGCUCACGCCGGAAUGAAGGAAAUCGGCACCUUGCAUGGUGGACCGACAAAGCCGUUUUCCAAGCAGUACCAUAAGCUCCAGAAGUUCCUGCUGGACGAGAGCAUGGCCAUGGUUGCGGAAGCCGAGGUCAAGGGGGAGAAUGUGAGCGCUGCUAUCGACAGCUACGGUGGCUCGUUUGUUGUUGGUGCGAAGCAGUUGCUCCCCAAGUUCUGCGCUCAGUUCAAACUUCCGCAUUGGUCGCUUUUCCUCGCCGGUGAGAUCGCAGACGCUAUCUCCGAUUCUCUGCUCCUCACGUCCAGGGCCGGACCAAAUGUUGCCACAUCGAUUGUCUACUUACUCUGCCACCUCAUCGGCACCCCGAAGCCUUUGUCGGAUAUCUAUCCCAUUUCCAACCUCUCUCCAGGCACGAUCCAGAAAUCCAUCAAGAUUUUGUCCCAGGGCAAGGACGAGCUUAUCGCCAACCGCUUCUGGCCCAAGGACUCCAAAAUCAACAUCGAAGCCUUCGAUAACAUACUGGAGCCAAAGUGGUGCACGGUCAGGCCGACUGGAAAGCGGGGAAGACAGAAUGAAGAAGAUCAGGAGAAGCCUCAAGAGAAAAAGGUCAAGACUGAGCUCUCUGGUUCGCAGUUGACCAGCAACUCGCUGCCCACCAGCAACUCGCAGUUCCCCAAUAACUCGCAGUUCCCCAACAACUCGCAGUUAACCAGCAACUCGCAGCCCAUCAACAGCUCGCAGUUGACCAACAAUUCGCAGGUAACCAACAACUCACGGCCCACCAGCAGCUCGGGAAGUAGCCAGGAGUCCAAGGGUGGUACUCCUUCUGCGUCCGCUUACGGCUCAGGCCGCGGAAAGGUUGCUGCUGCUACCACCGCCGCUACCAUGCCGAAGAAGGAAAUGCCAAAGAAAGAAAUGCUCAAGAAGGAAAUGCCGAUGAAGGAAAUGCCCAAGAAGAAAGUUCCCAAGAAGAAACUGCCCGAGAACUGUGGUAUCGGCUUGCACAGAUACAAGACCACGGGGCCAUUCAAUUGGCACGGUCUCUUGCUCCCAGGACCCGUCUUGUACAAAGCCUCUUCGGGUCCCCCUCCCUUCAAGAAUUAUCUUCCUCUCAACAAUCCUAGAGCUGCUACCUCCAAGAACCUCAAUGAAUCUAGAUACUACUAG